UUUUAAAUGAUCCCAGCAACCUGUGUAUGCUAGUAAUAAGUCAUUACAGUCUUAAAACGUUGGAAAGAUUGACAUUGAGACUCGCAGAUUACAAACAAUAAUUAUCUAAUAAAUAUAUCAUAGAAAUAUGGAUCCAAGUUUUCAAGCUUCUAUAUUAACCUAUGAGGAAUUGGUCUUGGAGUAUAACAGCAAGGGCAUUCAUAGGUUAUCUUUCAUUACUUAGUAAAAUCUCAUAAAAUUCGAGUCAACUUCUGGUACAAUAUAUAUGCAAACGGCAAAUCUUCUUAUCUACAAAUCCGCUAAAAUAUCCUCUUCAGGAAAGUCACCCACCUCUACGUCUGUCGGCUUCAGAAAGGAGCCAUGCUUAUUUCUUGUAGUAAAAUAACGCUUUCCUUGAAUAGAACCAUCAUUUUUUCCAACAGGCUCGUCAAACUCGACACCUAUCCACAGUGAAUUCUUGGAAAUUUCAGGGACAUAUCCAAUGUAACGGAUUGUACCAUAACGCUCACCGCUGGCACAACACCUAGAAUUCAUAUUUACCUGUAGAUCCUUAAUUUCUCUCUCCAAUGACUCUUGUUUUGAGCUGACUGAUUCAGCAUAGGCUGGAUUAAAGCGACCAAGAUGAUUGCGCUUCUUCCAUGCCAAAACAGAAUCGUCGCGACGUUCGUACUCUUCUUGAGACAUUUCAUACUUUUCUACCUCAGAAAGAUCCUCAUAGUUUGGUCUCAAGUGAGGAGGACGUGUGUCUUCAAUUAUAAAUGUACUUAGUUCUUCGAUAUCGUGAUGAGACAAUAUAUCAUUUUCUUCUUCGCUUGUAAAUGUAUGCGAUUGGGAAGUAGAAGAAGCAGGUUCAUAUUUAAUUUUUUGAUAUAUCUCUGGAAUUCCUAUUAUAGGAACUAGCUUUGUCUUCAAUUGACUCAAAGUCCAAUGGAGGUUGAUUUUUCGAUCGGACCUUAUCCCUGAGGAACGUACAUUCACAUAAAUAUCAUUCAUUUCUUGUAAAUAUCGUCUGAUUUCAAAUAUGAUUUCUUUCUAGCUCUACAAUACUUUUUGAGGAUACGUACAGGGUUACUAGCAACGGGCGAAAUAGAACUCCAACGAAACUGCUUCACAAUAUCGAGCUUCAGGUGUUGUUCAUAUUCGGCAUCAAGUGUAUUCUUCAUGGGUUAAAGAUAUAGAUUAUUUAUAUUUUGGUUUUGUUUAGGUUAUAUUGUACCCGACUUUUAGUAAACUAAGCUUGCUUGACGGAUUUUGCCUGGUAUAUCAAUUGUAUCCUUCGAGAGUUUAUUGAAAGAACUAAAAAGUCUGUUAUUUUAUUUUAUUUCAUAAUUUUGAGUUAAAAGAAACAGAAUGGCCGCUGAACGACGUGCUUCUACGGAAUUGGUCGCUUCUGAGCAAGCAUCAGAAGAUGCGUCUGCGCCAAAAGGCUUUAACAAAUUUGCUCUUUGGUCAAAAGCUAUGGAUGAGAAAAAGUCAAGUGAUUCCGGUCUAUUCUCCAUCAACGAGAGUGAAGAAUUUCGAGAAUUGUGCGAGGCCUGUCGCCGAGGUGAUUUAGAAGUUGUUCGAAGUAUGAUUGAGAACUACAAUGUGCCGAUUAAUCAAGUUGAUAUAUUUGACUACUCACCGCUCGUUCUUGCAAGUUUGUGCGGUCAUGAAGAAGUCGUGAAAUAUCUGUUGGAGAAUGGUGCGAUAUGUGAACGUGAUACCUUUCAAGGAGAGCGAUGCCUUUAUGGUGCAUUGAAUGAUCACAUCCGUAAAAUGCUUUUGUCUUAUAACAUUACGAAGUCAGUAGAUGAGUCUCAACCAUACGCUAGUCAUAUAACCUCUUUGCUUUCCAAUUCCACUUUCCAUUUUACAUCUGACGUUACUUUUUCUGGUAGCAGUAUAUCUUUACCUGGGCAUAGGUUUUAUCUAGCCUCGAGAAGUCCUUAUUUUAGAGAGAAGUUUUUGAAAUUAAAAGACGAGUCUUCGAUUCCUAUCAAGAGAAAUGAAAAGGAAUUAGAGACUGUAUUACGGUUUUUAUAUUUGGAUUAUCAUCCUUUGUUUUCCAAACAAGAUGCAUCAGCUUUGGUUUCGAUUGCCAAAAAGUUUUCUUUGACCGACUUCGUGAAUUGUUUCCAAAACAAUCCAGAACAAAUGCGUUCGCCAGAUUGGAGAAAAGGCCAGUUAGUACAGACCCAGGAGGAUAUGGGCCGUUUUAUAAAGGAGAUAAUUCAAAAUUACAAGCAAAAUAUUUCUGAACCUAUUGAAAACUUGCCGCAUCAGUGCUCUUUUCAUGAUGCUUACUUACAAUCGGAGACACAUCGCUAUCCUGUUCAUCGCGCAAUUCUAUGCAGGUCAGAAUACUUCAUGGAUAUGUUCACAGGCCCUUUCUUAGAAGGUAACCAAAGCCUACCGACUGUUACUCUUCCAUUUUCGAACGAAAUUGUCGAGAUUGUUCUUGAAUUUUUAUAUUCAGACAAGGCCGAUAUUCCUGCUUUUCUUGCUUUGGACGUCAUUUAUGUUGCAGAUAUGCUUUCACUCGAUAAAGAAAGAAGUUUGAAGUCUUUAGCUUCUAUCGCAAUCACUAAACAAAAAGAACCCAAAGAUAGUAUUUACGAUAUUUUGCGAACGGCAUGGGACACUUCAACCUUAAGAUUAGAGCAAUAUGCUUCAGAAUACAUGGCUAAUAAUUUGGAAAAAAUUAUUGAUGAUCCAGAGUUUCAUGAACUUGUCAUCGAAAGUGCCGAUCGUAUUCUUCAUCGACAGGAAACUGAUACCAUUGAGCUUAUUGAUGAUAUUCGCUAUUUCCUUUCAAAACGCUAUGGCAUUUAUCACGAAGAUUUAUGCGUCGAUGGUUAUGUGGAUACUUUGACACCAUAUGAAAAAGACUAUAAUCAAAGGAUGGAUAUGAUUGAAGAUUUGUUGAUGAAACUGAAUUUAGGAGCUUGAGUAUUUAGGAAUUCCGUUUAUCUAUGUUGAUGUCUACUCUAUAUACAGCUAUCAAGAAAGGGUUCAAAGAUAUAACUUGUAAU